AUGAUAAGUGAUCAGUAUCAGCAGGCUCAUGUGCUCUAUCUUCAUUACUUGAGGCAGCUCUGUCCAAUGAAUCAGAUGAGUAAUGAUAAAAUAGCCUACAAAAUACAAGCAGUGGUGAAAAAGAUUAACAUUAACUUCUUUUCCCAAAGAGAAAUGAAUUCUCUGUUUUUCCACAACGCAAACGCAACAACACUACACUCUCUCAACUUAACUUCGUCACUUCUUUUCCCAAAUAAUCACAAUCUCUCCUCAAAACCUCGUUUCCAAUCCUCCAUAAAAACCAACACACCAAACCCCAAACACAUCCCUAACAAAAAGGUUAUAAUCCUCUGGGACCUCGACAACAAACCUCCACGUGGACCUCCACACGACGCCGCACUCUCUCUCAAAACCCUCGCCGAACGCUUCGGCGACGUCGUUUCUAUCUCCGCUCACACAAAACGGCACUCCUUCUUCAACCUACCUAAAUGGAAUCCCAACCAAAACCCUAACCCUAAUUCGAUUCUCUGCCGCGUCUGCGGUCACGAAUGUAAAUCAAUUUCCGAUCUCGAAAUUCAUUUCAGGAGAGUUCACUUGAACCGGCGUGGGAAGUUGCGGGAAAAAUUGAGAUCGGUUAAGUUGAGCCGGUCGCGGGUCGGGGUCGUUCGGAGAAUUCAUCCGUAUAAUGAAGCUGCGGGGAAUGUCGUUGCGCCUAGGGUUGGAUUUGGUAUGGCUUCGGAGUUGCGGCGGGCUGGGGUUUUUGUUAAAGUUGUGAAGGUUGGCGAGAAGGUGAAUGCGGCGGAUUUGUGGUUGGAGAGGGAGAUGAUGAAUGGGGAGAUUGGUUGGUUGGUUUUGGUUUCGGAUGAUCGGGAAUUUGCGGAGAUGUUGAGGAAGGUUAGGGAGGUGAAUUUGAAGACGGUUGUUGUUGGGGAUUAUUGGGAUAGAGAUUUGGGGAAGAAUGCUGAUUUGUGGCUUCCUUGGAUUGUUGUUGAGAAUGGAAAGGUUGAUGGAAUGGGUUUAAACUUUAAUGGGAAGAAGAAAACAAUAACAGAGGGUUUGGAUGAUGAAUUGGAAGAAGAUGAGAAUUUGGGCUAUGAGUAUGUAACAGAGGAAGAACAAUUAGAUGAUGAAAGGUUUUAA